CUUCUUCUGUAACAUUUCUAUUUUCUGCUACUGCAGAUAGGGUGUGUAUAUAUAUUAAUGUUCAUCUCUCGAACAGAAAAUAAAUUAUAGCUUUCUGUACCAUAGAACAGCAAGAUUCAUCUCUUUUGCAUAUUAAAAGCUCCAUCCCUUUUUUCUUUCCAGCAACAUUCACCCAUUGCCAAGACAUCCUCUUUGUCUCUCUCUCACCCUCCUUUUCCCGGCCCUUCUCUUUCUUUGAUCCGGUGGGCAGUCGAAGAACAAAGCGAACUCUCAUUGCCUCUCUGAGCUUGAAGAAUAUUAUCAGUGGAGAUGGAAUCCUGUGUCCCACCAGGCUUUAGGUUUCAUCCAACAGAAGAAGAACUUGUAGGAUACUAUCUCAAGAGGAAGAUUCACUCACUGAAAAUCGAUCUAGAUGUUAUCGUUGACAUUGAUCUAUAUAACAUGGAGCCAUGGGACAUCCAAGCCAAGUGCAAGCUAGGGUAUGAUGAACAGAAUGAGUGGUAUUUCUUCAGUCACAAGGACAGGAAGUAUCCGACCGGAACACGGACUAACAGAGCCACUGCUGCCGGAUUUUGGAAGGCAACAGGAAGGGACAAGGCCGUGCUCACCAAGAACAGACUUAUUGGGAUGAGGAAGACCUUAGUGUUCUACAAGGGACGGGCACCAAAUGGAAGGAAAACUGACUGGAUCAUGCAUGAAUAUCGUCUCCAAACAUCUGAGCAUGGACCCCAACAGGAAGAAGGGUGGGUGGUUUGCCGGGCAUUCAAGAAACCAAUCCCUAAUCAAAGACAAGGAUUUGAAGCUUGGAAUCAUGCUUAUUAUGUCAAUAAUAUCAGCCAUGCUAGACCUCCUUCAUUCUCAGAUACAGUAACUACUACACAUACGGUUCAUCCGAAUCAAAGUGCAAGUUUUCAUCAGCCUUUUAGCUCGAGUUCGGACCUCAUUUCACACCAAGAAUUUUUGGACAAUAAUAAUCGGCUUGUUGAACUCCCACAACUAGAUAGCCCUAGUACACUUUCAACAAGUUUUGCUCCCAAAGAAGGUAACUUCCACCAGACCAAUGAAGAUUACGAUGAAGAAAGGAGCAACAAUAGCAGCCAAUAUAUCGACUGGAAAAGUUUGGACACCUUACUUGCAUCACAAGUGAAUGAUUCCAGUACUUCAUCAUUUCCCCUUCAAAAUUUUCCUUCUAUAACGCAAAACUAUGACCUAGCAGCUGGGCAGCAAGACCAUGUUAGCCAUUUCCUUGACUGCUUUCCUGACAUAUAACAAAAGCUCUUGCACUUACAAUGUUGCGAUUUAUUUAUGUAAGAUGAUGUAUUCAUGGUAAUAAUAGUGCUAUAGUAGGAGCUAAGGUUAAUGUCUUGGUUUAGAAGUUGCAUGCUGAUGAUGAUCAUGUAUUUAGGUGAAUGAAUAUGUCUGUGCUAAGAGGAGAAUUCGCAUGCAAAAUGAAUCUCCUGCAAGUUUAGAGUCAUAGGUGAAAGUUUUGAUUCACCUUUCUUAAUUCUCCCUUUGCUUAUGUUGUUCCAUAAUUGUAAAUUGUGGAUCAUUGCAUGCAUAUAUGUACUUAUGAUCUUGUGUUUUCACAAUCUCGUGUUGUGUAAUAAUGACUGUUUCUCUAGGCCUUA